AUGCCUGAAAGUCCACGAGACGGCAAGGUCUCAGAGUUUCUUCGAGAAGUCAAAGAACUAGACAAGUCGGUCGAGCGACAAGAUUCCCUACGUACCCACAGGCUCGAACGUGACAUUAUGGAAGACCGACAGAGACGCCGGGACGCAGCGUCAAGCGACCGCUAUGACGACCGCUACGACAAUCGCCACGAUGAUCGCUACGAUGACCGUCUCCGCCGCGAACGUUCUGACGACUACGACGAUGAGCGUGCCAGCAACCGUUCUUCAGCUCGUGUUUCUCAAUCAUCGUCUCGCCAGUGGGUUGACGAAGACGAUGAUAUGGAGCCAUCGCGAUCCAAUGACUCUCGCAGAGUACCCGGUAGAGAUCGUGAAAAGUACAAUCGCUGGGUUGAAGAACACAAAGCCCAUCGCGAGCCCAGUCGCCGUGAAGAGGCACCCUAUCGCUCGGGCGGAUUCAGCAAGAAGCUCCUUGGGGGUGGCCCGCUCGUAAAAACCAAAAAGCCAUUGCUGGGUGCCUUAUUCAAAGACCCAGGCCGGCAUUCUGAAGGAGGCUCCCACCACCAUCAUCACCAUCACCACCCUCACAGGCCGCACCGCCGUCAGGAACGCAGCCCCAGCCCCAGCCGAGACCGUGGCCGUGACGACGAUAGCUACGACUCGAGACGAACUGACGAUCGUAGAAGUGAGCGUAGUAGCUACAGUAGCCGUGAACGUGAGCAUCAUAUUGAUCCAUUGCGUAAACCUACUCAGUUGGUCACUCACUCUGUUUCGCAUUCAGGUGAUAUCAUGAGACAAGCCGCUCAUCCAAUGCAUCGCUCGGGUCAAUACAAUCGCGUCUACAACACUCCUGCAAGUGAACGUCUGAAAGAUUUUGAUACUACGGAGGACGACGAGAACGAUGAAGAACGAUUUAGGAGAUUGGCUGAAAGGGAGCGUGAGUUGGCCAGAGAGCGAGAUCAACAAAGUGACGGUGGUGGCUCUCGAACGAGCUCAGUUCGUUCUAGCAAAACGCAACCUUCAUAUUCUAGUUCCAAAUCUGCCGAGAAAUCUGACGAAGCUGGUGGUGACGAUGCCCCUGCUCUCCCAAGUCGACCAGGUCGUGUGUCGAGUAGAGACGAUAAACUGGAACGCCUACGCCAACUGCGCUCGUCAAAGCAAUCCGACGAACCUGAUCUCGAUUCUGACCACAAAGAUAAUCGGGCCAGCGAACGGCCUCGUCGUGAGUUUUCCUCAGAUGAAGAAAAUGGCACACCAAAGAAGCCCUCCUCUGUCUCAAAUUCCGAUUCCGACGUUAGUGACUCUGAAUCUAAGGCCAAAAACCCUUCUGCAAAGAAACCGUCUGCAUCGUAUUAUGGGGCACCAACCCGUAGCACGCCAGCUUUCAUCAAAAGUGCGGUCGGUCGUCGCGAAGAUGACAGAGGUGAAUCAGAAAGCGAAGAGGAAAUCCGUAUUCCCAACCCGGUGCCUCGCACCGAACGUUCAUUUGUGGAAAGUGCGCGUGAGAAGGUACCUCCUACCCAACGUCGUGAGCUCCCUGAUCGCUCCAAGCUCUGGAGACCAGAGCCCAGAGAUCGUUCUCCACGCCGUGAAUCCGAUUAUGAGAUGAAACUAGGGGCUAGAGACCGUUCUCCACGUCGCAAUUUUGAACGGGAAGAAUCUCCACACGCUAGACGCCCCUCUCCACGUCGUGAUGUUGAUCAUGCGGAGAGAUCACGCGCCAGGGAUCGAUCCCCACGUCGUAAUGUUGAUGAGAUGCCACGCGCUAGAGAUCGAUCCCCACGCCGUGGAUCGGAUUACGGGAUGAAACCCAAUGCUCGAGACAGUUCUCCUCGUCGUAAAUUCGACCGUGAAGAAUCGUCACGUGGUAGGGAUCUCUCUCCGCAUCGUGAUGUUGACUAUGAGGAAUUGCCACGAGCUAGAGACCGGUCCCCACGCGAAGCCAGAAGGAGCACUAGACAGCGCUCCCCAGAACGUGAAUACGACCGCGAGGAACCUUCCGGCCGGUUCGACCGUUUGCCACGGAAAGAGCCUCUUCCCACACCACCUACGAACCGUAAAGUUUCUCAUGGUCUGAACACAGCCAAGGCUAAUCUUAAAUCUGUCGGGCUGAGAGAGGUUAGUCCGGAGGCAAUUAAUGCCGGCGAUGGCUUCCAGCCACCACGUUUACGCAGCAUUAGCCCUGAGAAGCGCACGGACACGGCAAUUGAUGAAGCCGAGGAACGCAUCGCAAAUCUCAAACUCAAAAAGCCUCCGCCCCGAAAGGUCUCAGCUCCUAAACCUGCUGAAGCUGCUACUAAGCUUAAGGAGCUGCGGGGUGUUGAGCCUGCGCCUGUUCGCAAAGAGUCUGUUCCCGAAGCAUUGAAAAAGUUGGAGAGUCUUAAGCCGUCUGGUGUUGUUAAGCACGAUGUUGUUGACGAACACAAAGAGGCUGUAAAAUCGGGCAAACAGCAGCUAAAGAACGUUGAGCAGCAGAAGCGUGAUGUCCGUGACGAAAUGAAGGAAAUGGUGCAGUCCCAAAAGGCAUCACUAAAGCGUUCUGAAAGUCCACCGCCUCCACCCGCACCUCGUAGUCAGGGAUUUGCAGAUGACCUUUCAUCUGUGCUAAUGCGUGGCCCCAGUCGCGAGUCCCUCGGUGGUGGGCCACUGCGCCGGACUUCCACAAUUGACAGCGACUCCAGUGCGGACCAACAUCUUGAUCAUAUGACCAAGUCACGGCCCAAAGGACCCAAGCGGCGGUUGCCAGCGAGCCACUCCAGUAGCCAUGAGGAUCUGGUAGACACUCCAUCAAACGCAGCUAUCAAGGAGCGUGAUAUAACGCCUUCCAGAAUUGGUUCUGGUGGUGGUCGUGCCAAGUUUGACACUUCAUUUUUGAAUGCUGAGGAAAAACCUGAUGAUGAGCGAAAGGCCCCCAUCAAGUUACCCACUGGAAAACAACAAAGCGAUGAUUCCGAAGAUGAGGAUGUUCGUAAAGCUCGGCUUGCAGCUUUAGCCAAGAAAAAGCCGCCUAAACGCACAGCAUAA